AACUCGGCACUUUAGCACUCGAUGACUUCUGUGCCUUUGAGCUAUUACGUUUCGCUCUGUCUCGUUGAAUUCAUUCCGGUGUGAAUGCACCGUAAGGCAUUUCACAACAACAUUUGGAUGCGUCCAGUUUCGUACCGCAGUUCCACCACAUCGGAUGAACAAUUCUACGUUUCCAAAAGAUGGUGAAGAUCAAUUAUUUUGUCUCAUUGGCGGGUCUGUUAACUUUUUGCGCUGCCCAAAAAGACAAUAAGGAAGAUGUAAAGUAUCUAGAAAAUUGGAAAUCUAACUGGAGAAAAUUUGCGGGUCGUUCAUCUGAGCCCAGCGGACGUAGCAGCAGUUGUGCUGUCGGCAGUGUACCGUGCGAUUGUGCCAGCACUACUAGCACUUGCACCUGCGCUACCACCGGAUGUACCUGCGCUGUCACCGGAGCCUGCACCUUCGGUACUGGAACAAGUACAAAUACCGCGACCAGCACCGGGACCAGUUCGAGUAGUACCACUACCUGUAGUAAUUGCAUUUGUACUACAGUCACAUGUACCAAUGCAGCCGAUCCUACUACGUGCUUAACAACUUCCACUGGCACGGCAUGCACCUCCACCAGCACUGGAGGAGGAGGUGGGGGAGGAGGUGGAGGAGGAAAAAAGUAAAUCAAGAUGGAAUAAAAUCAACAAGUAGCAUCAAAUACAAAUGUUUUUUUUCCAUUUUAAGAAAUUAAUUGUCGUGACUUUACACACUUUGGAUAAUAAACGGUCGA